AGGAUUCCUAUUUGGGCGUAAAGUAUUUCCCAUAUCUAAAACGUGAUAGCUUCUGGAGUUCUCCAACCGACUCGGUGGAGUCCAUACGCCAUCGUACAUUUCUACAAUUUCUGAACCUCUGAGUCUGAUCUUCUUCGUCACAAAUCACAAUGCAGAUUCCAAAACCCUAAGCCAAGUACAAUAGCUAUGGAAGAAGAUCCCAAAUCAAACAGCACCCAAAACGGCGACGUCGAGCGCCAUUUCUUCGAUCCCGUCGAUGAAUACCCCUUCUACGAUUGCGUCGACACCCCCGCUGAGUUGAAUGUGGACGCAUCACUCGAAUCCAUUAUUAAAUCCUCGCCGGAAACACGUCUUCCAGUGAAUCUCCGUCGCCGCCGGUCUGUCUCUCAGCGGAACGAAGGAAUUUUUUGCAACGAUUUGGAUGACUCAUCAAAGCCUGUUUCUUCGGUAAGUUUGGGAAAUGUUGUGAAUUUUAGAGCGAGGAAGUACAGAUUUUCGCAGAAUGUGAAGGAAAAAGGGCGAGGAGGUGACAAUUUGGAUAGGAAUCAGAGUAGUGAUUCGAAGGGUCCAAACCCUAAUUCUGCAGUACAUUCUGAGCAUAGUCAAGUUAAUAACUCGAUCAAUACUCCCGUUGACACGCAUUCUGGAGAAAGUACGUACAGUUUUUCUCAGAAUUUGAAAGAAAAUGAGAAGAGAAAUGGAAAUUCGGAUUCAUCGAUGCUUAAACUUAGCUCAGAAAGAGCCCAUAAUGGCAUAGACAAAGAAAAUAGAGAGAAUUCCACCAUUACGACCGAGAAUAAUGAAAAAAAUGCGGAGUAUAUUACGGAUGAUUUGAGUUCGGGUGAAACGGAUUACACUUCUUCCGAUUUUCUAUUUUUCUUAGCCAAUUUAGUGAUUAAAGCAAUAGUGUUUCAAAUAAAUUCGUUAAUUAGUUUCGUUACGUUUCCUAUUUGGUUAUUGUAUUGUUCUUACAUAUUUGUUAUUGACCCUUUUCGGGCCAUAAGGUGUGUUAAAGAUUAUGUGAUGGGGAAAUUGUUGAGCAUAUGGGGCUUAGUAUGUGAAAGUGCUUCACCAUUUGUAUAUGAAUGGUUGAAAGGGCAUAAAUCAUUCUGGAGGUUGGCAUUAAAUUUUGGUUGGGGAUUCUUGUGGUCGGUUUAUGUGUGUGCUGUUGUGGUUGGUUUGCUGGUGAUGGCAUUUGUGGUAAGUGGGUUUGUGAUGAAGUAUUUAGUGGAGGAGCCAAUUCAGAUAAAGGAGAAUUUGAAUUUUGAUUAUACGAAGACCAGUCCUGUUGUGUUUGUGCCUAUAUCAGAAUGUUUUGGUGUUUCUUGUGGUGAGAAUUGUGGGGAAAAAAGUGAAAUUGGGAAUAUUGGGGGUUCACGGGUGAUACCACCUUAUCAUAUAUUGCAGGUUUCUGUUUCUAUGACUUUGCCGGAGUCAGACUACAAUAGAGAUCUGGGGAUCUUCCAGGUCAGGAUAGACUUCCUCUCUACUGAUGGUAAAGUCCUUGCAAGUUCAAGGCAUCCUUGCAUGUUGCAAUUCAAAAGCCAGCCGAUCCGCCUUAUGUUGACUUUCCUUAAGAUCGCUCCUCUUCUUACUGGCUAUUCAUCAGAGUCCCAAACAUUGAGCGUAAAGAUUAAGUUAAGAGGUCAUGAGCCCACUGCCUGCUUAAGGGUAAUAAUUGAACAAAGAGCAGAAUUUCAGCAUGGUGCUGGUAUCCCUGAGAUAUAUGCUGCAUCCCUCAAUGUUGAGUCAGAACUUCCUCUGCUGAAAAGGAUUUUAUGGGAUUGGAAGAAGACAAUAUUUAUAUGGAUUAGCAUGACAGUGUUUACAAUGGAGCUUUUUUAUACUCUACUCUGCUGCAAACCUGUCAUAAUGCCAAGGGUAAGGUUGAGGUAUGGUUCUGCUGGCUGUAGUACUCCAGUUCAAAGGUAGCUUGGGCAUUGGGUUUUCCAGAUUUAUGGAUGAUGAAAGAAUGACCUCUCUUGGCUUGCUGAGCAGAUUCUCACCUUUGCACAUAUGUGGUAUGCUACCACAACUUCCAUAGCCCAUUUUCUUAUGUAAUGUUUUUUUAGCAAUUUUUAAGAAUGUUUUUUCGAACCUUGUGUAGAUUUCAUCGUAAUCAUUAUUGUUAUGUACUUUUUGAAGUAAGUAGAAGACAGCAUAUGUAUACUGCUUAAUCAGUUACUUGUUUUUGGUUGGCUUGCCAAUGAAUCAUCUUGGGUUGUAAUUCGUAAGGGAAUAGAACACGAUAUGUUUCAGUUGAUUACAC